GAGAAGUAUUUUCUCUCGAUCGAAGCGCUGCAUAGAAUAUUUGAUCUUUUGAAUUUUGGGUAUAACUACAAGCGCCGCGUUGCCUUCUCUCUCUCUCUCUCUCUUUCUCUCUCUCUCUAAAACUGUCAAAGAAUUUCCUGAGCAACAAACAAAACUCAGCCUAUCGGAAAGUGCAGUGCCGAAGGUUAAAUAGAUUGAGAAAUUCCUCUCCAAUCAACCGGCGUGGUAGAUAGAGGUUUUUGUGUUUAUCCACUUGCCUCGUUUUAGCAGUAACAAAUUGAAAGUUUUACAAGCGGAUUAAGUUUUAAAGAUUUUUCAAAAAAUUUUAUUUGGUUAUAUUUUGGGUUUUAUUCCUUUUUUUUUCCCUUCGAGAAAGGAAAUUAGAAUGAUGAGUAGUCAGCAGCAAGAUCAACAAUCAAGGAUUUUCGACGAGCUAUCAGCUCUGGUUCUCAAUCUGCUUCGUUCGCCGCCGUCGCCGAUCCCUUUCUCUGACCAAUCCCCGGAGAUUCCAUCAGAGUAUUCUAGGAGGAGGUCAUCGGCGCCGCCACAGAUCUCGCCGGCGGGGUUCGCGUCGUUGAUGCUGGGAAUUUCUCUGGCUUUGAUGCUUUGUGGAUCGCUGACCUUCUUUAUUGGGUUCAUAUUGAUGCCUUGGGUUCUUGGAUUGGUUAUGUUUUUUUAUGUGGCUGGAAUUGUUUCUACCAUCUCCAUGUUGGGCCGUUCCCUUUUUGGCUACGCCUUGGCCCCUCCGUCUCAUCGAAAGGAGAUUCCUGCAUGGAAACUUUUGUGAAGCUAAGAUGUUGUUCAAAGAGUUACAGGACUAUGCAGCACUGCAUUCUAGUGAGUGGUGGUGCUGCUAGAGCCAUACGGGGAGUGAAAAUUACCGAGCUUUUUCAAGUAUUCAAGAGCUGGAAUUGAGGAUAACUGUUUUUCGUGAUUACUGAAAAUUUGUGGAUAUGGCUUCUUUAUCAAGUAAAAAGAGUGAAUUGUUGAAGGUUUUAAGAACUAAUAAAACUCAACUAAGCCUUUAUCCCAAAAAUUUGGGGUCGGCUUUUAAGAACUAAUAUUGUAAUGAAUUCCCUCUUGUGAGAAGAAAUGUAGGAUUAUCUCCAAUUUCUCUCUAA